UUCGUUUUCUUGGUAUUCGUUCAUUGAGAAAAAGUAGCGACAAACAAAAAUAAAAUUUGCAAAGGGAACAACCCAAGUUUGUCUUCUUAUACGUAUAAAAUGCCGCCUCCAGAUCCUUUGCCAACUAUGCCAGGUGAAAAUUCCUUAAAAAGUUCUAGCUCAAAUCAAGACAGUGAGAGUUAUGUUAGGCGAACUCAUGUUGCUGAAACAGCAACCAAUGUAUAUGGCCCUAAAGUAGGCCGGUCUACACAUUCCUAUGAUACUUCCUAUCCAGAAACCUCAACAUACGAAGGAAGAAGUGAAUAUCCCCAUACAUCAUACAAAUACAGAUCAUACAGCAGUCAUUAUUAUUCGUAUCCUCCACCGCCUUCAACUGCAGCCGCACCACCCCGUAGUUAUAAUUCAUCCCAGGGUCAUCGUUAUCCUUCUUCUUCCAGAAAUCGGGGUGACUACUAUUCACGCAGCUCCUCAUCUUCAUAUUCGACAGCAAGCCGCUACGAUUCCCAAAGUCAUUCCACAAGUGCUGCAACCGUUCCUCCCGGAAUUGGUAAGGAGAAAAGGUCACGUUUACGCGAUGAGCGUCCUCAAAAACCAGAGACUGAACGUGAUCGUUUGCUAAGGAUGUGGCGCUCAAACUAUUGCGAGACCCCUGAAGAGAUACAAAGAAAAAUGGAGGAACUACUUGUAUUGGAUGAAAACAACCGUGAAGUGUGGAUACGUUCAUCUCCUGCUGAUCCCUAUUAUCGUCGUACAAAACUUAUACAAGAAGUUGAGAGCACUCCACGCCUCCAGAUACUAUGUCAGCUUUUCGAAGAGGAGUUAUUGAAACGUUCCGAUCGCAUUAAGGAGAAAUUGCCUCCGUACAAACCACCGCCGCGGCCAACUACUAGACGACGUGUUUGCAAACACAAGUCCGAGGGUUGUUCCUCCUCAGAUUCCGACUCGUCCGAUAAUGAGGACUUCAAAUUGGAGCAGGACAAUUGUAUGGAAGAACUGUCACGCAAGGUACAACAUCCAUAUCGCAUACAUGCCGAUUUGUGGCACAACGAAGCCGGAGAAAUGAACGAUGGUCCACUGUGUAGGUGUUCUCAGAAAUCUCGAAGGGUUGGCAUAAGACAUGGCAUUUAUCCUGGUGAAAAUUGCUACACCAAAUGCGAUCCCAAUUCAAAUAAUGCCAGUAAAUUGCAUCAUUAUCGCAUUACGAUCUCGCCACCAACGAAUUUUUUGACCAAAACUCCCACAAUCAUCAAACAUGAUGAACACGAGUUUCUGUUUGAAGGAUUUUCGCUGUUCUCUCACUUUCCCUUGGGUGAUUUGCCAACUUGCAAAGUUAUACGUUUCAAUAUAGAAUACACCAUACUGUAUGUGCCCGAAAAGAUGCCGGAGAACUUUACAAUCAGAGAAUUGGAUUUGUUUUUUAAAUACAUGUUCCAUGAACUGCUGGAGUUGGUGGACUUUUCCCUGUUGCCUAAAUUGGAUGAGUCGGGCGUUGAAAGCUGCCCGGCCUUUCACUUUCUACCACGAUUUGUUCGGGACCUGCCCGACAAUGGCAAAGAGGUCUUGGCUAUGUGCGAGGUACUAAAAUAUCUACUCGACAAUGCGGGACCGCUGGUGGACAAGCCACUUUUGAAUAACUUGGAACGUACACCACAAACUGAGUGGCAAGAUUAUGUGGACAAUUUCAAGGGAAUGCUGGCUACUAAGCCGGGGUAUAAGCCCAGCUCCAUACGUGUAGACCAGCUGGAUCGAAAUGUUGCCGAUUUGCCUGAAUGCUAUGACAAAGAGGAUGGCCUAUGUUAUCCUGCCAUCAUACACUUUGGUAUACGACCACCGCAGCUCAGCUAUGCCGGGAAUCCAGAAUACCAAAAGGCCUGGAGGGAAUAUGUCAAAUUUCGCCAUUUAAUGGCCAAUAUGUCAAAGCCAUCGUUUAAGGAUAAACGCAAAUUGGAAGAAAAAGAGGCUCGAUUGCAAGAAAUGCGCACCCAGGGAAGAAUGAAACGCAAUGUUACAGUUGCUGUUAGCUCUAAGGGAUAUCACCGCACCGGAAUAAUGUGUGAUAUGGUACAGCAUGGUAUGCUGGUGCCCGUCUUAACAGGCCAUCUAAGGUUUCACAGGUCGUUGGAUCUUCUGCAGCAGAAUAUUGAAUAUAAAUUUAAAAACAGGUAUUUGCUGCAAUUGGCUUUGACUCAUCCCUCCUAUAAGGAAAACUAUGGCACAAAUCCUGAUCACGCCCGAAAUUCUCUUACCAACUGUGGCAUACGCCAGCCUGAGUAUGGUGAUCGCAAAAUCCAUUAUAUGAACACCCGCAAAAGGGGCAUCAAUACUUUGAUCAACAUUAUGUCCCGAUUUGGCAAGGAGUACGAAACUAUGUCCAAUAUAACGCAUAACGAGCGUUUGGAAUUCCUAGGCGAUGCUGUGGUAGAGUUUCUUAGCUCCAUACAUUUGUUCUUCAUGUUUCCCGAGCUGGAAGAAGGAGGAUUGGCAACUUAUCGCGCCGCCAUUGUACAAAAUCAGCAUUUGGCUUUGCUUGCUAAAAAACUGCAUCUGGAGGAAUAUAUGCUCUAUGCCCAUGGUUCCGAUUUGUGUCACGAACUUGAGCUAAAGCAUGCUAUGGCCAAUUGUUUUGAAGCCCUUAUGGGAGCUUUACUUUUGGAUGGCGGCAUCUCUGUGGCCGAUGAAGUUUUUAUGAAUGCCUUGUUCAUGGAGGACGACCAGCUUAGAGAAAUUUGGAAAAAGUUACCAGGACAUCCUUUGCAAGAGCAGGAACCCAUGGGCGACAGAGAUUGCAUCUCAUCGUAUCCCAUGCUGCAGGAACUGAAUAAAUUCGAGGACUCAAUUGGCAUUCAGUUCAAACACAUAAGACUGUUGGCAAGAGCCUUUACUGAUCGCUCCAUUGGUUUUACCCAUUUGACAUUGGGCUCCAAUCAACGUUUAGAAUUCCUGGGAGAUACUGUGCUUCAAUUGAUAUGCUCAGAGUAUUUGUAUCGCCAUUUCCCUGAGCAUCAUGAGGGACAUUUGUCCUUGUUGCGUUCCUCUUUGGUUAACAAUAGAACUCAAGCGGUGGUUUGUGAUGAUUUGGGCAUGACGAAAUAUGCAAUUUAUUCAAAUCCCAAGGCUGAAUUGAAAACCAAAGAUAGAGCAGAUUUAUUGGAAGCCUUUUUGGGAGCAUUGUAUGUCGACAAGGGUUUGCUGUAUUGUGAACAAUUCUGUCACGUUUGUCUAUUUCCCCGUUUGCAAAUGUUCAUUAUGAACCAGGAUUGGAAUGAUCCAAAAUCGAAAUUACAACAAUGCUGUCUCACAUUACGUACAAUGGACGGGGGAGAGCCCGACAUUCCUCUUUACAAAGUAAUUGAAUCUUCGGGUCCCACCAACACCAGAGUCUAUACUGUGGCGGUGUACUUUCGCAAUAAGCGCUUAGCAACGGCCACUGGCUCAUCUAUACAACAGGCCGAAAUGAAUGCGGCCAAGCAAGCCUUGGAAAAUUCCAGAGAUCUGUUCCCCCAAUUGGAUCAUCAAAAAAGAGUCAUUGCGAAAAGCAUUAAAAAACAGACGGGGCGUGAAAUAAAUCAAGAUGCCGAACCUACGCCAAAGGAACAGAAGCAAAGGUAUACCGAUCUGAUAGCAGAUGAAUCUCAUUUACCAAAGCAGUAUAGGGAGCGUGAAGAUAUUUCUAGCGAUGAAUUGCCAGAGGAUGAAGAUGAUGAGCCUUCGCAAGAAUUGCGAAGGAAUAUAAGCAAAACAAGCCAACUUUCAGAUGAUUCUGCAACUAUGGACCGCGAGAUGUCCAUUGACAUUACCCCGCCAAAACGAUCCAGGCAGUCUCCUAUAGACACAGUGGAAAGCAAAAAACCAAAAAUAUCUGAAACUCCUAAAGCAAAUGUUAGCCUUCCUUGCGAAGAUAUCAGUAGCGACGAAGAAGAUUUCCAUAAAUCGGAUAUUCAGGAAACGCCUCCCAAAGAAAAUGAGGAUAAUUCAAAAAAACAAAGCGUUGUUGUCUUAUCCGAUCUUAAGGAUUUAGUAGAAGAUAUAUCAUCUUCAUCAGAUUUAGAGCAUGAACCUGGAGAAAUAUCCAAUUAAAUUGGGUACUUAACCAUUGAACAUUUACAUUCUCUUAAGUAUUUGUGAAAUUUUCAAAAUAAAAUUUUAUAUGUUAACUA